AUGAAGACGCAGUCUUUCGGCUGGAGGCACAAGGUUACCGGCGCCAUUUAUUGGAACGCGAGCACGCAGACGGGUCGACGUGGCACGGUCGAAAGGGUUGCACAGACGGAGCACCUCGUCGACGAAUGGACUGUCACGCAACGUGACGUAGGCGUGCAAUCGUGCACGUUCCCGGACGCGAGGGACAGGCUCGUGGAAGCUAGGCCCACUUCUUCCUCUCCGGACCGCAGUUUUAAGGACUCCUCGAGGAACCGGAAGAUCUUGGAGAGUGUCGUAAAGAUACAGAGGUUUUACAGGGCUCACCGCGACGCGUCGGGCGCCGGCGACACGGACGGCCAGCAAGUACCGGAGCCGAGGUCUUAUCGAAGCCGGGAUUUCGUGAUACUAAACCGCAGCUCGCCGAGGACGAGGACGGACUUCGAGUUGCUGUACAAUCUGCUCGACCGUUGGCGUGUCUGCGAAACCGGGAAAGCCGAGAGCCUGCCGCGGCUGGACCCGUCCAGGAUCGGUCUGUGCAGUCUAAUCCUGUCGAAGGAGGUCGAGCUGCUGCGAGCCAUAGACUCGCUGAAAACGGCCGCGAAGCGGGCCAGCAAGGAAUCAUCCUAUAGCAAGUUCCUGGACGACCUGUCUUCUCCCAUCGUCUGGAGGAACCGUCGCGACGAACCUGUGCACGUGGACACUCCGCUGGUCCAACUCGCCAGGAGCUUCAAAGAAAGGUUCAACGAGCUGCGCGAAGAGGACACAUCAGUCGAGGAGCGGAAGAAGACGCUUCGCCAGCUAAGACAGGACAUAGAGCCUCACACUUGCAGAGCCUCCAACGAAGUGAUCGGUCUGCUGGACCAGGAGCUGGACCUCCUAGCUCUGAACGUCGACGGUAGCAAGCUGAACUGGCUGCGAGGCAGAUUGAAGAUGGCGUUCCUGACGUUCGCCAGGGACACUUUAGCGACGCGAACCCAGUGCGUCCAGUUCAGCCGUCUCCUGAGCAGAAGGAAGAUCUGCAGGAGCUGCGGGAGACUGCUACCUCUACGGAAGUUCCCCAAAGAGAAGGCACGCCGAUCUUCCUCCUGCAACUGCUGCUUGUACGCCAGAGUCCGCGCAGCGCCGAGGAUCGUCUACGGGCCCUACGAGUGUCUGCUUAGAGACGUCAGGCGCAACGAGGCUAGACUACGCUGCUACACGAGUCUAGCGUUCGUCGUCGACUCGAAGCUGGUCUACCACCUGGUGAACGACAUCUGGCACGGGAAAUCGGGCGUCUCGGGGAACGAUCGGCUGUCCGAGCUGAGGCUGGUCAGGUUCCGCAACGACGCCGAAUGGUCGCCGUGGAAUUGCCUCCUGUUGACGGCGACGGAGGCUGCCGUUCAUAGAAGAGUCAAGGACCCUGGCGAGUUUUAUGGGCCGAUGGUGCUGCAGAAGUUUCACACGAGGAACCUGCAGGCCAGAGUUCAGUUCGAGGCGGCGCUCGGCUUCGAGAGACUGAAAAACCCGCCGGGCCGUGAUUGA